AGUCCCUCAGGUAAGGCAGAAUCUCUGCUGGCCACCGGGGAUCCGUGAGAGAGGUUCGCCCUGCAGAGGACCCGGGACUAAGAGGGAGCCGCAGCGCCAGCGCCAGUGCCAGCGCCAGCGAGGCAGGGAGGUGGAUAUUAGUGCGGGAAGCUCAGCGACCCUCUUCACCAUUGAAGGUGUGCAUCGCUGGGCUCUGCGGAGCUUGGCGGGAAGAAGAGGCUCAAAGCAACAGGUGCGACCUCAAGGCACUGAAAGCAAGGGGACGCAGCUCACAAGGGCCAAGGGAUUGAACCCAUAACCGCUCAGAAGAUUCUCCGCCUGCGGAUAGCUGCGGAGGAGUCCCACCCGCCCAGCUUGCUGACUGUGAGCAGUGAGAGUCGCCCAGACCCGUACCUCUGUGUUCUGGAGCCUGCCGCCCCCGCACGGGAAAGGCUUAGCUCAGGACUUGCAGCGCCGCCUCCUCUUUAGCCAGGCCAGGCACGAGGAUAGUGUGACCUGGCACAGCCCGGAUCGCUCUUCCAGGCUUUCUUGCGGGAGGUACUAGCUGUCUCGCGCGCUCUCGCCGCUCUGUUCUGGGCCACUCGGUGACCCUAGGCUACCUCCAGAGCUGGUUUUCCCUGGCUGGCACAACUCUCCAGGGCGCUCCUGUCCGUUGCACAGCGCCCCAAGGGGGUAUCCCAGUAAGUGAUGGAACUGGCUACGGUGAACCUCAGUGAAGGGAAUGGGAGCGACCCAGAGCCUCCAGCCCUGGAGUCCAGGCCGCUCUUCGGCAUUGGCGUGGAGAACUUCAUCACGCUGGUAGUGUUUGGUCUGAUUUUCGCGAUGGGCGUGCUGGGCAACAGCCUGGUGAUCACCGUGCUGGCGCGCAGCAAACCCGGCAAGCCGCGCAGCACCACCAACCUGUUUAUCCUCAACCUGAGCAUCGCAGACCUGGCCUACCUGCUCUUCUGCAUCCCUUUUCAGGCCACCGUGUACGCACUGCCCACCUGGGUGCUGGGCGCCUUCAUCUGCAAGUUUAUACACUACUUCUUCACCGUGUCCAUGCUGGUGAGCAUCUUCACCCUGGCCGCGAUGUCUGUGGAUCGCUACGUGGCCAUUGUGCACUCGCGGCGCUCCUCCUCCCUCAGGGUGUCCCGCAACGCACUGCUGGGCGUGGGCUUCAUCUGGGCGCUGUCCAUAGCCAUGGCCUCGCCGGUGGCCUACCACCAGCGUCUUUUCCAUCGGGACAGCAACCAGACCUUCUGCUGGGAGCAGUGGCCCAACAAGCUCCACAAGAAGGCUUACGUGGUGUGCACUUUCGUCUUUGGCUACCUUCUGCCCUUACUGCUCAUCUGCUUUUGCUAUGCCAAGGUCCUUAACCAUCUGCAUAAAAAGCUGAAGAACAUGUCAAAAAAGUCAGAAGCAUCCAAGAAAAAGACUGCACAGACCGUCCUGGUGGUCGUUGUAGUAUUUGGCAUAUCCUGGCUGCCCCAUCACGUUGUCCACCUCUGGGCUGAGUUUGGAGCCUUCCCACUGACGCCAGCUUCCUUCUUCUUCAGAAUCACAGCCCAUUGCUUGGCAUACAGCAACUCCUCAGUGAACCCCAUCAUCUACGCCUUUCUCUCAGAAAACUUCCGGAAGGCGUACAAGCAAGUGUUCAAGUGUCAUGUUUGCGAUGAAUCUCCACGCAGUGAAACUAAGGAAAACAAGAGCCGGAUGGACACCCCGCCAUCCACCAACUGCACCCACGUGUGAAGGUUUGCGGGAGCCUCCCGACCUCCGGCUCCCAUGUGUGUUGGAGAGAGGAGGGUGGAGCGAAUUACCAAGUAACAUGGCAGCUUAUUCUCCUCACAGCAAUUCCUAUCGAUCCAACUACAUUCCACAGUGGUAAAAGUACGUCGAUUGUUCAGGGAACUCGUGAGUCUACUGAAGAUCAUUUUCCAAUUUCAUUUUACUCUAUAAUUGUAUAUAUAAAACAAAAGAAACUUCUGUAUAGUUUCUAGCUCUCAAGGAAUGAAAGUCCUACAGCACUCUGCAAAUGUUUUGAUCUCCAUGGUGUAAAGUAAGCUCUGUAAAGCCGAGAAGAAUAUUUGAAAUCCACAUUUUCAGGCUAGUUAAUAUAGGGAAAAAGUUCUUUUUUUAAAAAAAAUUUUUUUGAGAGGAGAGGUAAUAGUCUAGUUUGUGUUUUGAAAUUCAACUGUGGGCACAGAAUAAUGAUUUUUAUUUUGUUGAACCUUUGUGGACUGGCACCUCAUCUGAGUCGUGGGUGUCCAGAGGCCUGUCUAGGAAUGUGAGACCCAUCAAGUACAUCCUGGGAGAUCAGCGGUGACUCUACUAUGGAACAAUCCUGUGAUCUGGGAGUUUAGGGUGAAGAAUUCAGGAAACCAGUCAGCUAAUAAUUUCUUUGGGGUUGAAAACUGAACAAAACUUAGCCAUGUGGUUGAUAUCCAUGGCUCAUGGAGAAAGCAGGAGAGACCUUGAAUUCAGAAUGAAGGAAGACAAAAGUAUCCUGUGGGAGAAUAGAGACACACAGAGACAUGCUGCCUCAUGCUGCCUUGUACCAACAAAUGUCUAAGGAUUGUUUUCCCCAAAUAUUAUUCCAUGGAGCAAUGUUAAUUUAGAAUUAAAACCAUCACCAUGUGACUUACAAAUGUAACUUUCACAACAAAUUUCAUAUUUAUUUAUACUUGCCAUAGGAAAAUACUAAAUUGUCCCGUCUUAGAAGAAUAAUGUUUAGGUUUAAGACUUUGAUAAUAUUUUAGGAGGAGGGAAACAAAGCAAGACACUUUUAAAAAAAAUCAAAAAGGGUGUAUAUCUGUGCCAAAUCAGGACUCCUUAUGAAGCAUCUAACUUAGGUUAAAAAAAUGUAAUGUAGACUUCUGGCUCGUUAACUUUUCUAGCUCAUUUAUUUUCGUGACUAUUCCCCUGUAAAUAGUGUUUACAUUUGCAAUAGUCUCUGGAUGGA